AUGGAGAACGAGAAAAGGAUUGACGAAGGCUAUGCGCCCCAAGACGUCGACCGUCGGGUAUCGGUCCAUGCAGCUCCCCUUGACGCCACGCCAAAGACUAGGUGGCAACGUACUUGGCCGACCAUUGCUUGCGGUGCUGGAUUGUUCUCGGAUGGCUAUCUCAAUGGCGUCAUCGGAUCUGUCAACACCAUACUCAAGCUCUUGUACAAGGACGAGUACACGAAAUCCGAUGCCCAAAACAACGUCUCCUCGAUUGCAUUUGCUGGAACGGUGGUCGGCCAGUUGAUAUUUGGCUACCUCUCCGAUCACUGGUCGCGUCGCAACUCUCUUCUGAUCUCGACCCUCAUUCUGAUCGUCUUCGCUGCCCUUGGUGCUGGCUCGUACGGUGCCGGCGGCAGUAUUCAAGGCAUGUUCGCUGCGCUCACCGCAUACCGCUUUCUCCUGGGUAUUGGUAUUGGCGGUGAAUAUCCUGCAGGCUCCGUCGCCUGCGCAGAAGCCACUGGCGAACUCAAACGAGGUCACCGUAACCGCUGGUUCAUUGCGUCCACGAACCUCGCCAUUGAUCUUGGCUUUGUUGUGGCGUCUAUCGUCCCUAUGAUACUUGUCCUCAUCUUCAGUGAACAUCACUUGCGUGCCGUCUGGCGUAUGUGUCUGGGCCUGGGUGUCAUUCCACCCCUCUCUCUCCUCUGGCUGCGAAUUAAAUUGCGAGAGCCCGAGGAGUACAAUCGCAACAAAAUGAAUCACUACCCGUAUUGGCUGAUCGUCAAAUUCUACUGGUUCCGCCUCGCUGUCGUCGCUCUGAUCUGGUUUAUCUACGAUUUCAGCUCCUACUCCUUCGGCAUAUACUCCUCGUCAUGGCUCGCCUUCCUGCUCCCAUCGGAUGCUCCCUUGUGGAAGACUUUCGGAUGGAACACCGUAAUCAAUAUUUUUUACUGCCCUGGAGCACUGUUCGGAGCCUUCCUCUCUGAUUGGAUCGGCCCCAAGUACUGCCUCGUCGUCGGCGUGUGGCUGCAAGCCAUCAUCGGUUUCGUCAUGACUGCACUUUACGGACAUCUCGACAAGGGCUCGCAAGUGGGUGGUUUCGUUGUCAUCUACGGUAUCUUUUUGGCUCUUGGCGAAGUCGGCCCUGGAGAUAACAUUGGUCUCAUCGCUUCCAAGACCUCGGCCACCUCCGUGCGAGGCCAAUACUACGGCAUUGCGGCCGCUUGUGGCAAGAUUGGCGCUUUUGUGGGCAACUAUGUCUUCCCAGAUAUCAUCGCGGCUGCCGGCAGCAACGUCAUCAAGCAGGGUCAAUAUCCUUUCUACGUCUCCAGCGCGUUGUGCGUCUUCAGUGGCUUCAUCGCCCUAUUCUGUCUACCAAAUAUCGGCCAGGACACCAUCACCGACGAAGACGAGCGCUUCCGCAAAUACCUAAUCGAUCAUGGCUACGAUGUUUCGACCCUGGGAACAAAGGAGUUCCACGAGGCCAAGGCUCUGGACAACGGCGCUUGA